ACUUGAAGUAUGAAGUUCAUCCCUUAAGAAAUAAAGAAGUAACAGUUAAAAAUAAUAUUUUUAAGGAAAAUUCUAAGUUCAAGGGGAGAUAAGUCUGUAUACAUUGGUGCUACAGUUAUGAACCUUUCACAUAAGAUGUGGUUGAUGAUAAGGAACAUAUAUUUGAAGUUUGAAGCUCAUACCUGAAGACAUGAACAAGUUAUAGUGAAAAAUAUUUUACUGCAUCAAAAUUUUAAUCUGAAAUCUGGACAUGGAUACAGACGUCGACGCUGGGGCGAGUAGGACAGCUUUCCAUAUUUUUAGUAGAGCUAAAAAUCAAUGUUGCAGUACAAGGAAGUCAAUUUUGGUAUCAAAUUCAAUGAAUCUAAUAAUGACAGGAAAUGUGUACAAUUAACAUUUCAUCUGAGGAAGAUACCGUGAACGAUUUAUAACUUGUGAAUUUUUUUAGAGGAUUAUAUAAAGAUAAAACAUGGCUGUCUCAGGAAAAAAAGCAUUAAAACAAUUUUCAUCUACAACACAAUCCAUUGCAUCAGAUGAAGAUCUUCAAGUUUACUGUCAACCUUGUGACGAGGAAGGAUCCAGAAUUCCUGCCCAUGGUUACUGCGUAGAUUGCAAGGAACAUUUAUGCAAGAAUUGUUUCACAGGCCAUAAAAAGCAUAAACUUUCCAAACAUCAUACACUUCUAGAUGCAACAAGAAUGCCUAAAGUUCUGCAUCAAACCACAUCAUCCACCCACACUGGCCAGUCUGAUGAUCUUACCACACCCUGUUCCAAACACCCGAAAGAAAUUAUCAAGUUCUACUGUCACCACCAUAAAGAAUUACUCUGCAGUGUUUGUGUUACCCUUGAACACCAAGCUACAUUCUGCAAAGUCAACUAUAUACCCAAUAGUUCUGGUAAUAUAAUAGACAGCAAAGAAUGUCAAGAUAUUUUGAAAGCAGUAAAUAGCACUUCUGACCAGUAUCAGCAGUUUGUGGAAGAUGCCAAAAAGAUGACAAAUAAGUCCAACAGCUCUCUUAAAGAUGCACUAGCAGACAUUAAAAUGUUCCGGCAAGAAAUCAACCAAAGACUUGAUGAACUGGAAAGGCAGAUUGAAGAUGCAGCUAAUGUCAUACAAAAAGAAAACAACAAACAUCUGAAAGCAGUAGAAGAAACAUGUGAAGAUAUAACCAAAGCUCUGAAAACAUCAUCAGAUACCAUUAAACGACUCAAUACAUCAAAACAAGCUCAUAAACUCUUCAUGGAACUUAAACUUGCAGAGAAAACAAUGAAAAAUGUCGAGGGAAAGAAACUACAACUUUCAUCAUAUGAUAUCAAAGAAUUUAACUUUAAAACAAAUGAUGCAAUAUUAGAUCUUCUUAAAACAGAGAAGUCUUUGGGUACAUUUAAACAAAAAACUUUAAAGAUAAAAUAUCCAUCUGUACAAAUAAAGUGUCGAAAAUCUUCACAUCAGGGAGAUAUCUGUGUGAAGACAUCAAUAGAUAAAUGCAGGUGCUAUAUAGCAGGAAUGACUUUGCUGACUCCUGAUCUUCUUAUCAUCACGGACCAUGAUAACAAAGCUGUAAAGAUGGUGGAUAUCAGCAGACAAUCGGUGUCAUAUCAAAUAAAACUAGAUGAUAAACCAUGGGAUAUCACCACAGUAACCAGUACUGAACUUGCUGUCACACUUCCUUACAACCAAACAAUACAGUUUAUAUCAAUCUCAUCAAACAAACUUAUAAAGAAGCACACUAUGAAAGUGAAUGGAGACUGUUAUAGUAUAAGCUGUUACCAAGAUAAACUUGUUGUGACAUACUGUUUCCCUGUAAAACUGCAGAUCCUUGAUAUGAAUGGCACUAUGCUGACAACAAUUGAUGAUAGAAAUAUUUUCAAAGACCUAUAUUAUGUAACAUGUAAUAGAAGUUCUAUCUAUGUAUCUGACAGUGAGAUGAAAUCAGUAACAAGAUUAAACUGGCAGGGUGAUGUGAUUGGGAGUUAUAGUUGUACAAGUGAGCCAAGAGGAAUAUCACUGUCAGAUGAUGGUACUGUCUUUGUGUGUGGCUUGGAGAGAAAUGUUAUAGAAGAGAUAUCAGAAGACUGCUCUACAGGAAAGGUUGUACUGCAGGAUGUGAUUCGUCCAUUUGGUGUAUGUUGGUCUGAGGAAACAAAGAAGUUGUAUUUCAGUUGUUACAGUUCAACUUUUGAUAAAAAUUAUGACUUCAUUUACAUGCAUAAACUGUCAUAAACUUGGACACAGAUGAAUCAAUACAAUAUCAACAGUUCUUAAAAUGUGUAGUAAAAUAUCUGGAAAUUUAUUUUUCUACAAAAACUUGAUAGGCUUACUAUAAACCACAAUAAAAAUAUAUUGCUCUGGUUGUAUCAAUUGAAUCUGUUGCUGGUUAAAAAGAUAAAGAAAGAAAAACAUAAACUGAAUUUCAAUAUAAUAAUAAUAUGGCUUUAUUAUCAUCAACAACAAUAACAAGGAAAUCAUACAUAGAUCAUGAAGGAAUACGCUGUCGAGUAUUUGAAUCAAAUUGUAAUAUUUGAUAAUCAUUACAACAUAAUUCAAAGUGAUAUAUAACUUUUUUAUUUUACAUUAGUAUAUUGUUAUUAAACUGAAAUUGUACGAAACAUAAAUGAAGAAUAAAUAAACAUGUAGCCGUUACAGUACAGUAUAUGGAUGGGGAGGAACCAACACACAGAACAACAGCAAAAAGACAGGAAGUGUAUAUAAAUUUGUACAUAAUCAUUUAUUUCAUAAUAAAAUGUUUAACACAUAGUACAUGAAUAUAUUUUUUUAAUUUCUUAUAAUAAAAACUGAAAGUUAAUUACAUCAUAAUU